GAGAACACCUCUGAAGCAUCACAGAACAUCCUCCCAAACACCUCAGGCUGUUUUAAGAGUCUGUUUUUCGUUGGGUGACAAUGUUGUGGAUGGAGCCGUCAGAGGAGACCUGCUCCAGAUCAUGGUGUCAUUAGAAACCUCCUGCUGUAACUAAAGGAAAUUAAAGAACCACAGCAUGACAGGCCAGGCUCCGGAGGGAGAGCGGUCCCCCCACAACCUGUCAGUGAAGACCACCUUGGAAGAAGAGAUCGAGAGAGCUGAUAGUAAACUAAGCAGGGUGCCAUCUGUCUGGGAUGACACGUCCUCAGAGCUGCAGAGAGUCGCCACUCUGGACCCUGAUGGACGCGCUUCAAGGAGUUCCUUUCAAAGGAAUGGAGCCAUUUCAAGGUUGGUAAAGCUGGUUGUGAGGCUGAGGGAAUGGGCUCACAGGAGUCUGGUGGAGGAGGAGCAGCGGCCUGACUCCUUCCUGGAGCGUUUCCGUGGCCCUGAACUGAGAACAGCCCCCAGUCGGAGCAGCAUCACCCAACCGGACGCCAACGGCAACAACGCCAAGGGGAUCCUGAGGAAGAAGUGGGAACUGUUUGUUGUGUCUCCGUCUGAUGACCUUUACUAUCGCUGGCUGUUUUUCAUCGCUGUGGCGGUGCUCUACAACUGGUUCCUUGUUGUUGCAAGGGCGUGCUUUGACAAGCUGCAGGUGAGCAGCUAUGUCUGCUGGCUGGUGCUGGACUACCUCUCUGAUGCGGUCUACAUUCUGGACAGUUUUGUGCGUUUAAGGACAGGUUUUCUGGAGGAAGGCCUCCUGGUGAAGGACCACACCAAGCUAAGAGACAGCUACAUCCGAACGUUGCAGUUCAAACUUGACGUUGUGUCCAUCCUGCCCACUGACCUGGUGUACAUCUACACCGGCAUACACACUCCACAGCUCCGCUUCAAUCGCCUGCUGCGCUUCCCUCGCAUGUUUGAGUUCUUUGACCGAACAGAGACACGCACCAACUACCCCAACAUCUUCCGCAUCUGCAACCUGGUGCUCUACAUCCUGAUCAUCAUCCACUGGAACGCCUGCAUCUACUACGCCAUAUCCAAGUCUCUGGGGUUUGGCUCAGACACUUGGGUUUUUCCAAACAUCACCAAACCUGAGUUCGCCUCCUUAACAAGAAGCUAUGUCUAUUGCUUGUAUUGGUCAACCCUCACUCUCACCACCAUAGGAGAGAUGCCUGCACCUGUGCGAGACGAGGAGUACUUGUUUGUGGUCUUUGACUUCCUUGUUGGAGUGUUGAUCUUUGCAACCAUUGUGGGAAAUGUAGGCUCUAUGAUAUCCAACAUGAACGCCACACGGGCCGAGUUCCAGGCCCGAAUUGAUGCCAUCAAGCACUACAUGCACUUCCGAAAGGUCAGCAGAGAACUGGAGACGCGUGUCAUCAAAUGGUUUGACUACCUAUGGACCAACAAGAAAGCCGUAGAUGAGCAAGAGGUGCUGAAGAACCUGCCCAACAAACUGCGGGCUGAGAUCGCCAUCAACGUACACCUGGAGACCUUAAAGAAAGUACGCAUUUUUCAAGACUGCGAGGCCGGACUACUUGUGGAGCUUGUGCUCAAACUACGGCCACAGGUUUUCAGUCCAGGGGACUACAUCUGCAGGAAAGGAGACAUUGGUAAGGAGAUGUACAUCAUCAAGGAGGGGAAGCUGGCAGUUGUAGCUGACGAUGGCGUCACGCAGUACGCUCUCCUUACUGCAGGAAGCUGCUUUGGUGAGAUCAGCAUUUUGAACAUAAAAGGUAGUAAGAUGGGGAAUCGAAGGACAGCCAACAUCCGAAGUUUAGGAUACUCUGACCUUUUCUGCCUCUCUAAGGAUGACUUGAUGGAGGCGGUGACUGAGUAUCCAGAUGCUAAAACCGUGCUUGAGGACAGGGGUAGGGAGAUCCUGAAGAAGGAGGGGCUUCUGGAUGAGAACGCAGAGGGGGGUGGGCUACAGAAGGAGGACACAGAGGAGAAGGUGGAGAGGCUGGAGUCCUCCCUAGACACCCUUCAGACUCGCUUCGCCCGUCUGCUGAAUGAAUACACAGACACUCAGCAGCGGCUAAAGCAGCGGAUCACUCUGCUGGAGCGGCAGCUGAACAGAACCGACUGCGGGGCGGAGGCGAACAAUGACACAGCCCCCAGCACACAAACAGCCAGUGACGAUGACCCUGGCGGUCCAAAUGGGUCCCUGGACAGAAACAACCGAACAUUACAACCUUGAUUGUUUAAACAACUCUCCUCUACUACCCUCACCUAUGCAGGGUCACUUCAAACCCAGUACAAAAGCUCACAUGACCAAUGAAAAUGUUGUUGCUAACGUCCAGCAGACCAAUAGAAAUGCAUCUUUGCUCCUUCCUCCAGAGGAAAUCCCACCCAGAAGUGAUAAGAAUGGGGUCUGUAGAA